UACUGCGUACGGGGUGGCAGUAACAUAACUCGCCUCACAAAAAAAGAACUAACUCAGCAUGAUGGAAAAUACCUGUGUGUUCACCAUAAAUGCACCACACGUGCGCCAAUCUCAGACAAAUGCACAUCUUGCACCUAAGAAAACAGUUCUUUAACUUCGGGCCAUCUGCAUUUCCUGCUACCUGCCCUUCGGUAGCUUACCCUCCCAGAAUUCAAUAAUGAAAUGAACGAUUCUUGGAUGUUCCCACUGCUAGUGAUGUACGAGUCACAUGGGACCCCACAGCAGUUGUGAGAACCUCUUCCCCAAUGAUCCUUUUCAUGUUCUUGGUAAUUGAGACACGUCCAAGAUGUGAAAGGUUAAGACAUCACCCAGGAGCUGUGAGCCAGGACCCUGAGGGAAAAGACAACCCCCCCACCACCCACUGUGCUGUUUUUGUUUGUGUGUCACAUCCUCCUUAGAUCCUCUCCAGGGUGUAACUGAAAGCAGUGCGCUCGAUCCAGCGCUGCCGCUCCUGUUCCCAAAGUGGGUGGGGAGGCACUGUGUGGAUAGCCCCCCUCCCAUCGGGCUGGCUGUGUUCUCGCCUUGCAGCUGUUUGACUUGGCAGGGUUUUCCCAAGGCUGCAUUGGGGCAGGGAGGGGCUCCCUGCCCACAUGUUUACCCAAUCUGCUUGAGAGAAAGGGAAUUUGGAGAGGUGGGGGUGUCAUUUUUUUCCCCAGGGUCUUAUCAUUCCUCAGACCCGGGAGCCGUACUUGAUUAAGAUAGCGUGUCAGAAUCUGUUCUCAUUUCAGGUGUCACCAGUCCUCUGGUGCCUUUGCAACUUCAGUUCCAAAGGGACAGCUGAGUAAAACAGUUCUCCACAACACAGCUAAGGUAUCUGGACCUUAAAAAGCCAGCCUGUAGUUAAUACCAGAUAUUUCAGUGAGAGGAUGGACAGCAGGGAGGAAGACCGGAUCGGGAUUCCCUUCCCCAACCACUGCAGUGACCUUCUGUGUGGCUUAAAUGAGCAGCGCCAGGAUGGAACCCUGUGCGAUGUGGUGCUGGUUGUUGGAGACCAUGAGUACCGUGCGCACCGAGCCAUCUUGGCCGCCUGCAGCCAGUACUUCAAGAAGCUCUUCACAGUGGGGACGGAGGACAGCUGGCAUGGGGUCUAUGAGAUCGAUUUCGUGGACCACAAGCCGCUGGCCGCUAUCCUGGAGUUCGCCUAUACCUCUACUCUCACAGUCACCAACGCCAAUGUGAAGGAGGUCCUGAAUGCUGCCCGGAUGUUGGAGAUCCCCUGUAUCAUCAGCGUGUGCCAGGAGAUCCUGGACACUGGUGGAGAAGAGGAUGAGGAGGAGGACAUGGAGAGUGAGGAGGAAGAUGAGGCCUCCAGGGAAGAGGAAGAAGACUCUAGUGAAAAGUCAACGCCUGAGCCGGAACAGCAGAGACAAGAAGUGCUGGCCAGGGAACAAGAGAGUCCUACAAGCACGUCGCCAGGGGAUGGUCUGUCUGACGAGGCACAAGACCCUGACCCCACAGAGGUCAUGGAGGAAAAACAGGAGGACCCCAAGGGUCCAGAGAGCCGGGCCUUGAAAGACUUCUCCAUUGAAUCCUUGCUGCAGGAGGGGCUGUACCCCAAGCUGUCUGCCACUGACAGAACACCUCUGUUUCCUGGGUUCUUUCCCCCAAUGUGGAAUCCAGAGUUUCCUGGAUUUCCCCCAAUAUUGGAGCCUAAUAGCAUCCCUCAUCCAUACUGCUCCCAGAGGACCAGCAUGCCGUUGGACUUGGCGGUAAAGAAGGAGGCCAUUAAAGAAGAGCUGCAGAAUGAGGUCCAUCCCACCCAUUUCCACAGUGACUUUCUGAAGGACUUCAUAAGAACUGGCCUCUCUGUAGACAGUGACACCAGCCUGGGAGCCAUUAAGGAUGAGGGAGACCUCAGCUCAUACUUGAGUUUUCUCAGUGCCUCCCAGCUGGGGGCUUUCUUCCCACCCUGGCCACUGGUGGAAGACAAAAAGAUGAAACCCAAGGCAUCCCAACAGUGUCCCAUCUGCAACAAGGUGAUCCAGGGUGCAGGCAAGCUGCCCCGCCACAUGAGGACUCACACAGGAGAGAAACCCUACAUUUGCACCAUUUGUGAAGUCCGCUUCACCAGGCAGGACAAGCUGAAAAUCCACAUGCGGAAACACACGGGCGAGAGGCCAUACAUCUGCCUGCACUGCAACUCAAAGUUUGUGCACAACUACGACCUGAAGAACCACCUGCGCAUCCACACAGGGGUGAGGCCCUACCAGUGUGAGCACUGCACCAAGAGUUUCACGCGCUCCGAUCACCUCCACCGGCACGUCAAGCGGCAGAGCUGUCGCGUAACACGGCCCCGACGUGGACGCAGGCCCAUGUCUCGACGCCCCUCCCACCCCCUUUAUCUUCCCAGCACCCCACACGAGGACAGACUGUGUCUCAAUGGGUUCCUGCCUAGCAACCACGAUGCUGUCAAGCCUAGUUUCAUUGACCAGAAGCUCCCCAGCGCCUUGGAGAACUUUGACAGCAAUGACAGGCGAAGCCUAGAAGCAAAGUUCCUGGACAAUAAUCAAAAUGGGGUGGCUGAGCGAAGGAGAGGAGUGUUUGCUUUCGCCCUGGCACGGGAUGACAUCCUGUCCCGUCCACCCAUCUAUUCCCCAGCUGUUGGCCACUGGGCUAUGAGGGUGGAGCCACAGGCCACUAGUUAAUCUGUACAGAUGGACACAAUACCAGUGACCACUGGUAAGACGACAAAAUGCACCAAAGCAUUAGUAAAUACCACUUCAUGGUCUUUGGUGUGGUUAACAGGAAUCCAUCCUAAAGUUUAUUUGCUGAGAGUUUUUUUUUUUUUUUUUGGAAUUUAGAGUAACAAAUUACAGUUUCCCAUUGCUAUGGGUAUUAAUUGCAAUAUCAAUAUCACACUUAUAUCAAAGGGUAAUAAUAUGAAAUAUGGUCACUGCUUGAAACAGUAAUGAUAGUGUGAUUUAGUUCAUACAAAUGUCAGUUCAAGGUACAAAAAUAUACAUAGAAUUUUUCAUUUGAUCCAAAAAGGUUUUAUUUAGUUAACACAGGGUAUCUUUAAAUUAAGCAUAUCAUAAUAUAAAAAUGUAUUUAACACAGGACAGGUUGAUGUCUUUAAAAUAAUUUUGCACCAGAUUUAAUUUAAAUUUGAUGGUAUUAAACUUUACUGCAACCUUGUACUGGAUAAGCAGUUACAGACGAUGGAUGGUAUCAAAUUAUUAUUAAUGUAGGAAUGCAAGUAACACACUACUUAGUUUUUAGGAAACAAAUGACUGCCAUAACAGCAUUAAUAACACCGUGUAGGAAAGCUUAUUUUUAAAGCACAUUUCUAACAACUGGCCAUUUGUGCUGUGCAACCUGAGUCUGCUCUCUAGUUCUGAAUGUCAGCGUUCUAUUGCUGCCCCCAACUGGCCAUUUGCCAACAUGUGCUGUUAAAGCUUCUGUGCUCAGCACAACCAUCAUCUAAUUUAGUAUACAGAACACAAGUUUACACAUAAAUGAAAAUGAUAAAAUACCUUGCACAAUCAGUAUGUUGUUUUUAAUUUUAUGGUUUAUUUUUACAAGUGGUUUACAAUUGUCUAAACCUGAGAUUGUGAUACAGAGACGUAACCAGUAAGUGACAAUUCCGGCCUGUUUUUUUUUUCCUUCUUUAAUCACAUUAUAAUCAUAUGAUGCCACUGGAAACAGUAUGUUUGUUUUUUUAAUAUCAGAAGUAAAUACUAUUGUAAAUACUGUUAGGCCGUAAAUAUAUUGUGGCAAAUGUUAAAUAUUUAUGGUGACAAUGCUUUCAAAUUGCAGAAUAGCUUCCUAUUCGUUUUCACACAAGACUUUGUGUAUUGUACUGGAGUUUUUGCUUUUUUUUAGUUAAAGAAAAGCCACAAGUAAACAUUUACAAUCGCUGGUGUAUCAUUUUAAAUACACAACUCAAAAGGACCAAGUGACCAAUGCACAACUGUUCAAAUUUUUAUGACUUUUAAGUUACAAAUAAUUUUUACAACUUUAUUCAGAAUCUGGUCAUGUCAGAAUGAGACCGGCACUUUUUCUGUUUGUAUAGUCUAUGUUCGUAAUGUUUGCCUUAAAAAUGAAUCUCGUUGCAUAUCAUUUUACAUAUGCAUAUGUCUCCUUAAUAUAAAUUGUGUUGCCCCAUUCAUGCUUUUUUUCUAGCUAUUUAUGCAUAUUUAAAUGGUCUUGGCUAUAUUUUGUUAAGAAAGUUUGGUAAGAAAUGAAUGCACAUUUUGUUAAGGUAUUUUAAAAACGAUAGAUUUUUUAUGAUUGUUAUAUUCUGGGUCUGGGACCCAUUUAAGAAAUUAAAGUGAGUGUUGAUCUUUUUUCGUUGGUUUGACUUUUGGCUAUAAUUUCUACAGAAUGGAGAAACUAUGGGAGCAUUUCUUUUUUUCCCGAUCAAGUUUCAUUAUUGAAAUGGGCCCAAAUAGAGUAAAAGGUGCAGGCUACCCCUUCAUUUAAUUCCAUAUUUUAGGUAAUACAGACGCUCCUCUACUUACGAAUGAGAUACGUUCCGAACGGCCGUCCACAACUUGAAAUGUUCGUAAGUCGUUAUUCAACAUCAUUUUAAGGGUUUACGCAAGUACAAAGAAGUAGGAUGCUGGGAGUACGCACGUUACGCUGCUGCACGGCGGGAGUAGCGGCCAGAAGUCGUACUGGGCGGAAAAGGCGUACAGAAAAAAAAUUGAUGUUGUGGACGGGAAACGGGAGCCCAAUGAACACAAUUUGGAUUCACAGUCCUCUUCCUCUUCGUAAGUAGAGGAGCGCCUGUAUUUACAUCUCAAAUCAGUUGCAUAUGCUGCUAAAUUGUUUGAAACAGCAUCAUGAUUAAAUUGAAAUGUGAACUAUAUUGUGGGUUUGCAAAAUAAAAAUGGGAUUGCUUUUUAA